CAUUCAAUGUUGACGUGUAGUUUGUUGGUAAUAGUCCAUAUGGUACUAGUCCGUUUUCAAAGCCGGACAUCAUUUCAGCUUCUGACGGACGUUUUGUGAAUUUUAACCUGUGGGUGACUUCGCAAUUGGGCGACGAUGUCCGGAGAAAUGUCUAUGAUUGGUUCGGUGAUCCUGGCCCUGUUCCUAGCUGGCUAUCUGGGCCAGCAGUACUUGCCGCCCCCGAAACCGAAAGUGAUCGGCCUGGAUCUGGGCACCACCUUUUGCUCGGUCGGCGUCUUCCAUCCGGGCAGAGGGGAGGUGGAAGUGAUAGCAGAUGAAGAGGGUAGGAAGAGCAUCCCCAGCGCCGUCUCAUUCACCACCACUGCGGUGCUGGCUGGACAUGAAGCGGUGGACCUGGCCGACAGCAACCCUCAAAACACCAUCUACGAUGCCAAGAGGUUCAUCGGGAAGAUAUUUGAGCCGCAGGUCCUGGAGCAGGAGAGCGCUCGGUACCCGUUUAAGGUGACGAAUAACAAUGGAAGUGCAGAGUUUCUGAUCUCCACCAACCACACCUUCGCCGUAAGCCCCGAGUUCAUCGGCUCCAGGCUGCUGCUGAAGAUGAAGAAGAUGGCCGAGCGACACCUUGACAUGCCCAUCCAGAAAGCGGUCAUCUCGGUGCCUGCAGAGUUUGACGAGAGACAGAGGAACUACACCAUCAGGGCCGCCAACCUCGCUGGCCUGGAGAUCCUGCGUGUGAUCAAUGAGCCCACAGCAGCAGCCAUGGCCUACGGCCUGCACAAGGUGGAUGUGUUUAAUGUGCUGGUGGUGGACCUUGGGGGAGGAACUCUGGACGUUUCUCUGCUCAACAAACAGGGAGGCAUGUUCCUCACCAGAGCCAUGGCAGGGAACAACAAGCUGGGAGGUCAAGACUUUAGCCAGAGGUUGCUCCAGUACACCAUAGAGCGAGCCCAACAGGAGUUUGGCAUCCCACCCACUCACAAAGAGGACAUCCACCGUCUGCGACAGGCCGUGGAAGCCGCCAAGCUCAACCUCACCCUCCAGCCCAGCGUCACCAUCAGGGUGCCCCUGCACCUUCACGCCCACGGCAGCUCCGUGUCACCAGAAGGCUCGGCUCCUGUUCCGGUUCUCUUCCAGGCUGUGAUCACUCGCGAGCUGUUCGAGGAGAUCAACAAGGACCUUUUCCAGAAGAUCCUUGCUCCCGUUGAGACGGUAUUAGCCGAGGGCCACCUGGAGAAAGAGGACGUGGAUGAGAUAGUUCUGGUCGGAGGGUCUACCAGGAUCCCGAGGAUCAGGAUGCUGAUCAGGGAGUACUUUGGGAAGGAGCCCAACACAUCAGUAGACCCCGACCUGGCUGUGGUCACAGGUGUGGCCAUUCAGGCUGGCAUCAUGGGCGGCUCCUGGCCUUUACAAGUGAGCGCUAUAGAAAUCCCCAACAGACACUUACGCAAGACGAACUUCAGCUAAUCUUUUACCAAGGUUAUUUAUUCAGAUCAAGACUUCCUAACGUUUCAUGCUUCUCUUAUGUGCAACAUUUACAAUCUGCUGAAGUAAAAAAACAAACAAAAUUGCCAACAAAAGACAUCUGAAUGAAGAAAUGCAAGAUGCUCAGGUUUUUCAAGUUAUCUCAUGCUCUCUUGUUUGUGAAAGGCAGCGGUGGCAAAAAAAAA